AAAACAAAAAAGCUCCCUUUGGACAGCUGACCCCGUUCCGCCGGCGGCCUCCUCCGGUUCUUGCUACGUGUAAUUCUGGGGGAAAAAUGGCAGAUAGAAAAAAUAACAAUGUUCCCAACAGCAGUGCCAAUUUAUUGUUCAGCGGCGCCCCGGAGUUUAACUUCAACCUGCCGUUCAUGCCGGUGAGCCAGGCCACCGGGCCGGCGGUGCUGUCAGGAGAAGAAGAUUCCACUGAUGUUGGAGAAGAAGACAGCUUCCUUGGUCAGACCUCUGGCGUUGCACCAGCAUCCUCCUCCACCUUCAGCUACUUCUCCAGUCCGGCCACGACCUCCGACCCGUUUGCAUCCAUCGGCCAGUCGCCAUGCCCCCCAUCCGCCAUGUCCGCAGCAGCCGGACCCGUUUCUGUUCCCCACAGCAUCAGCAUGGCUCCAACUCCGCCGCCACCGUCUGCAGGCUCACAGAUCAACUCGCCGCCUCAGGUGUUCGGCGGCGCCGUUUACCAAAGCCCAGUGGGGCGCCACACUCCUCCCCCGAGCGCCAUGACGCCGACGCCGCCCCUGAUGCAGCCGCAGGCUCACAACCCGUACCGCCACACGCCCAGCAGCAGCCGAGCCAGCCCCUACAUUCCAGCGCCGGAGAUCCUGCCGCCAACACACACGCCGCCGCAGAUCCCCUACUCUAUCAGCGCGCCGCCGCAGAUGUUUCCCCCCCCAGGGCCGACGUUUACAACACCUCCUCCCUCACAUGUUCAGGCGGCUCCACCUCCUCCGCCCACUGCCACCACCGGCGCCGUCGUUCCUGCAGGUCCGAUGAUGCCGUACAACUACAACGUCUACGAACCGGUCCAGCCGCACUGGUUCUACUGCAAACAAGUCGAGUCGAAGAGCGUCUGGUUUCCUUUGAGCAUCAUCGACUCGCUGCAGCUCGAGGAGACGUUCAACUCAGUCCAACCGGACCCAGAGAACGUGAUCGUCCGGACGGACGGCGGGCGCUACGACGUGCAGCUUUACGACCGCAUGCGCAGCGCCGUGUACUGGGAGGAGGAGCCCACAGAGGUCCGGCGCUGCUCCUGGUUCUACAAAGGCGACAAGGACAGCCGCUUCGUCCCGUACUCUGAGGAGUUCAGCGAGAAACUGGAGGCGGAAUAUAAAAAGGCCGUAUCAACAAACCAGUGGCAUCGCAGGCUGGAGUUCCCAUCCGGAGAAACGAUCGUCAUGCACAACCCAAAGGUCAUAGUUCAGUUCCAGCCUUCGUCCAACCCAGACGAGUGGGGCACCACUCAGGACGGGCAGACCAGGCCGAGGGUGGUGAAGAGAGGCGUUGAUGACGACCACGACGAGGUGCCUGAUGGCGAGCUUCCCACGGUGGAUCAUCUGGUGUUCAUGGUCCACGGCAUCGGCCCGGUUUGCGACCUGAGGUUCAGGAGCAUGAUCGAGUGCGUGGACGACUUCCGGAGCGUUUCGCUGAAGCUGCUGCACAGCCACUUCAAGAAGUCGCUGGACGAACACGCCAUCAGCCGGGUGGAGUUCCUUCCUGUGCAGUGGCACACGGCUCUCCACGGAGACGCCACCGGCGUGGACAGGAGGAUUAAAAAGAUCACCCUGCCCAGCACCGGACGGUUGCGCCACUUCACCAACGAGACGCUGCUGGAUGUGCUUUUCUACAACAGUCCGACUUACUGCCAGACCAUCAUGGACACCGUGGCUCAGGAGAUCAACCGUCUCUACGCCUUGUUCAUGAAGAGGAACCCCGACUACAGAGGGGGAAUAUCGGUGGCCGGACACAGCCUGGGAUCCCUGAUUCUCUUCGAUCUGCUUUCCAACCAGAAGACCGUCUCUGCUGCGCCGCUGCUGCCGGCCGCGCCCGCCGCUAACGGAGAGGCGUCGGCUCCCGCUGCGGAGGAGCCGAGCAGAGAGGAAGAGGAGGAUGAGGAAGAGUUUGAGGAUCUGGCUGCUGUGCUGAAACAUCUGGGCCUCUCUGAGUACAAGAGCACCUUGGACCAGGAGAAGAUGGACAUCGAGUCUUUACUCAUGUGUACGAUGGAGGACCUGAAGGACAUGGGGAUCCCGCUGGGCCCGCGCAAGAAAAUCACCAAGUUUGUGAAAGAACGAGUCAGCAGACAGGCGGGACGCCAGCAGAGGAAAGCAGAAGCGAAGGAGGAGAGUCCGGUUGCGGUUCCCCAGCCUGCCGGUAGCACCACCACCAGGCCACCAGUGGGCAGCACCGUGUCUUCAGUCCACGUGAACUACAACUACUUUGAAGUUGGAACUGGACAGGUGUCGGUGAUCUACCACAACCUGGACUUUGAGCCGGUGAACUUCUUCGCCCUGGGUUCUCCGAUCGGGAUGUUCCUGACGGUCCGCGGCCUGGAGAAGAUCGACGAGGCGUACCAGCUGCCCACCUGCAAGGGAUUCUUCAACAUCUACCACCCGUUGGACCCGGUGGCGUACCGAAUCGAGCCGAUGAUCGUUCCAGAUUUGGACCUGAAGCCCGUUUUAAUCCCACAUUACAAAGGAAGGAAGAGGCUUCACCUCGAGCUGAAGGAGAGUCUGUCCCGGAUGGGCUCGGACCUGAAGCACGGCUUCAUGAGCUCGCUGCGCAGCGCCUGGCAGACGCUCAACGAGUUCGCCCGCGCCCACACCUCCUCCGCCCUGCAGGCCGAGCUCGCCAUCGUGGCCAAUCAGAUCGAGGAGGAGGAGGAGCAGCACGUUCAGGACGAGCAUAAAGUGGCUGAGAGCGCAGAGCUGCAGAGGGACGACGAGCCGCAGGUGAAGGUCGGGAUGCUGAACGGAGGGAAUCGGAUCGACUUCGUCCUGCAGGAGAAACCCAUCGAGAGCUUCAACGAGUAUCUGUUCGCCCUGCAGAGCCACCUCUGCUACUGGCAGUCUGAAGACACGGCGCUGCUUCUCCUGAAGGAAAUCUACAAAACCGGCGGCAUCCACCCGGAGCCGCUCGCUCAUUAAUACUCCGAUUACUCAAUUCUGUUUUUCUAUUUUUAUUGAAGUAGCUUAUUGUACACAGAUGAGUAAUACGUUGGUAUUAUGCCAUUUGUCUUAAAUUAAGAAGCAAACGAAUGAGUUGGUAGAAGCAGAGACACUUGAUAAGGUUGAUAUUACAUUUUUAUAGCAAAUGUACAAGUGGCGGAACAGGAACAACCAAUACAGUCGGAUGUAAGUUAUUCAUGGACAAAUCGUCACAAUAAAUCCAUUUCUUGCUCA